AAGGCAUCCACCACGUUCGCCACAAGGGUUUUGUAGGGGCAGCAGUAGUGGCGUUACAUGUGGGAAAUGUUAGAUCCCGACCUAGAGUGUGGCAAUGAGUGUGGGGGGCCGGGUCCUCCCCCGGAGUUUCUCGUGCCACCCCCACCCCGGCCACCAUUUCUGGCGGAGCUGGUCAACUGCAACGAGGAGCAGCUGCAGCAGACACCGUUCGGUGGAGGCGCCUCCGGUACCUUUGCCGAUGUCGACAUGUGCGAGGCGUUCCCGAUCAUUGACGCCAGCUACCACAGUGGUCCAUCAUUCCAAACCUCCGCCAUGAUAGUGCUGUGUUCGGGGCUUUUGUUAUUAGUCAUCUUUAUUUCAUCGUUACUAGUGUGGAAACACAAGCGAAAAGUUCAAAACUUCCUGCCAUGCAAGACUCCUACCCGAGGACCACCCCAUCUGGACCCGACAGGUGUAUCUGCGGCCCAUUCGGUAACGUACGAGGAUCCGGACGUGCACUUAGGCCAUCAUCCGCUAGUAAUGCGGCAUCAUCAUCACCAUCAUCACCAUCACAACAUGGAGCUGCACGCGAAACAGAUCCAUUAUCCUAGCGGAUACCCGAUGCCACGGUCACCGCCCCUCUUUAUCUGUUCGUCACCCGGUCCGGACCCGUACCGAUCGCAUGACAACGUGUACGAGGAGCUAGAGCACGGUCCCGGGCGGGAUACGGACUCGGAACCACCGAUCCAGUCGGACGAUGACUUUGCUGAGGAUGAGCUAAGCUUGCCGGGUGAUCGAUCGUUCCACAAGUCACCGUCGGACGGUGGUACAACGGUAGCUACGAUCUACCAUGAUCGAAGUAAUGGGGGAAGUAGUAACAGUGCGGCUACGACAGCGUCCGGAUCGACCGUACCGGCGACGGAUGUUGUUGGUCCGCCCGGUGGUGGUGUUGGUGGUGGGGCGUAUCUAGAGCGAAACCGCACCGAACGCAACUCGCUCUUAUCGUCCUCGUCCUCAUCCGGCAAUGACAAUAACCAUCCCCUGCAUCAUCACACUGGCCAUCGGGUUGGGUCCAGUGCGGGCGCAAACACCAACGGAACGGUGCCAUCUUCCGGUGUGAAUAACAUCAGCAGCGGUGCAGGAGGUGGAACUGGUGGCCCAAGUGGCAACAAUAAUGGAAGCAACAGCAGUGGCAGUAGCAGCAGUGCCAGCAAUAGCAACCGCAACUCCAACUCCAGCACGGAUUGUGGGAACAAUAAUAACAACAACAAUGGGAAUGGAACGACGGCAACAUGUAAUGGGAACAGUGUUGCGCCAUCGGGUGGAAUGGGACUGUUCCGUACGCGAAAGCCGCACCAUCCUGCUGCUACGUUGGGUGGUUCGGGACGACGAACGAUGACCGGUGGAGGACAUCCGUUCGGUGGUGGUGUUAGCACAUGCACGAGCUCGUUGGACGGUGGUCCACUGGGAAGCGAUCCGAUAGUUCUUCCACCGAUGUACGAUGAUCGGGGCAUGAUGACGUUACCACCGCCAGCCUACAACCAUACACUCGCGACGAGCCAUCACCAUCAUCACCCGCCACACAGCCAUCAUAGUCAUCACCUGAACAGUGUCAAUAACAAUGGAGGACCUAAUCGAUCCAACUACUACAGCACGAUCGACGAUUCCGGAGAGGUGUUGGAUCCGGUGGAACGACGGAAUCGCAUCAACGCGCAGCUGUCCGCCUCUUCGGCAGGACCCAUCGGUGGUGCCGUGUCCACCAUCUUCCGCAAUGGGCAUCGAGCGGCCGGGUAUGGUGGUGCACCACCGCAACCGAGUAGUGGAAGGUCACGAACGAAUCCUCGCUCGUCGGACCGGCGAACCGGUGGUCGUAAUGGAAAUGGUAGUCAGCUGGCCGUAAUAUCAACACCUUCCCAGGAUCCCUCGCAGUACAUCUACCACGAGCCCGUCUUCCACGAGGGCCUCAUCUACGAUGGGUGCCUAUCGCACACGUACAGCGAUCGAAGCGGUGGCAGUGGCAGUACCGGUACCGGUAGUACCGGCGGUGUCGCUUACCAUCCUUACAUUCUGCCCCAGUUUACCACCUUCCGGAAUGGGGGUGUAGCGGGAGGAGGUGGGGGAGGACCGGUGAGUGGUGUCCCAUCGUCACAUCCUGCUGGCGGACAUUCGAUUUAUUCGCGUGAUUCUAGCUUCGGGUCCGAUUCCGGCUACAGUCAGCACACGCAAACGUCAAACCGAAGUAUGGCCGGUUGGAGUCAGCGCCGUCCAACGGGACAGUCUACCACGUCGAGCAAUGGACCACCGGGCGGUAUCCCAACCGGUCCGAAAGCGACAUCCGCAGCAACCGAGCAGCAGCAGCAGCAGCCUUCAUCCGUAGUACCAUCGACGAUGGCGGUGGAUUCUUGA